AUGGCGCAGUUACAUUGUUUGUCACUACAACCAUUCUAUAAUAAGGAGGAGCGACCUAUGAGUCUCUAUUUAGGAGAGCGGGGGCUAGCAGAGACCGACGACGAGGGAAUCGAAAGGGACGCCGGUGAAUGCGACGAUGAGAUUCCCAACGGCGGUUGGACCUUAAAUAGGAUUUUAGAUUACUGCGCGAGUCAUGUAUGCGCGACGAAUUCUCAACAAGCAGACAGCCAUUACCAGGCUGUAUGCAGGGCCCUCGUUGCAGAGGCCCUAGAGCUCUCAUCGUUCCUGGAAAAAGUCUCGCAAGGCACCACCGAUCUGAGGCAAAAAGCCGCAGCCAUCACCGCCGCAGACGACAUCGAUAGUCUCAAAUUCUCCGACUGGACUCACCUCAGACUAUGGAGAGCUUUGCAAGCUCGGUUAUGGGUGCAAGUGAUCCGGGAGCUGAGGCACGGGGUGAAACUGAAAAAGGUGUCCUACAGCCGGACCCCGAUCGAGUACGAGCUGACCCCGUACGAAAUCCUCAUGGACGACAUCAGAUCCCGGCGCUACAAGCUCAACAAAGUCAUGGUCGACGGAAACAUACCCCACCGCGUCCGCAAGGACGCCCACGCCAUCAUCCUAGAAUUCAUACGCUCCAGACCUCCUCUCAAAAAGGUGAGUCUCCUUCCUACCACCCUCUUAUCUUAG